CGACGUCAUGGUGAAGACUUGAAGAGCUCGACCCAUUGACGUUCACGGACUUUCACUGGAUGCCCGUUCCCUCGACCGGACGAUUGCCGAAACCGCAUUGUAACGUGCUUAUGGCACAAUUGCGGGACUACUUGCACACUGCAGUACCAGCUCCGUUGAUGGACGUCGGAGCAGAGGUUGUCGACCUUCACGCUUUCAUCGCGAAGAUCGACCGCGAGUUCAAGACGCAAUGGUACGACGACAUCGACGCACCAUUGCUAUACAUACGCAUUCAGAUCGGAGAGGCGACCUGCAGUGCCUUGAUCGAUUGCGGAGCAUCUUGCAACUACAUCAGCCAGGACUUCAUGGUACGCGCCGGCCUUGGCCCACGUGUCCGGAGGAAGUCUCAUCCUACGCAAGUCACCCUGGCAGACGGUCAUACGCACAAGUCCAUCGACCGGUGCAUUGACGCCGUCCCAGUGUACUUUGCCCCUCACGCAAGUGAGGCGGUGUCCUUUGACAUUCUGGACACCAAAUUCGACAUGAUCUUGGGCAUGUCAUGCCUGCGAAGCAAGGAUCACCCGAUGAACUUCUUCAACCGCACCGUUCACCUGGUCAUGCCAUUUGGCCUUACGAAUGCCCCAGUCACUUUCCAAGCGGCUAUGACGACGGAGUUCCGACACAUGCUGGAUCGUUUCCUACUUAUAUACCUCGACGACAUUCUGGUUUACAGCCGGAGUCUGGACGAGCAUGUGGAACACCUGCGCACCGUUUUGGAGCGGCUACGACARGCCAAGUACAAAGCAAACCGCGACAAGUGCGAGUUCGCACAGCAAGAGUUGGAGUACUUGGGACACUAUGUGGCGCCGCAAGGCAUCCGUCCGCUUGCGGACAAGAUCGAGGCCCUACGAGUAUGGCCCGAGCCCACCAACACCACGGACGUUCRUUCAUUCAUGGGGUUGGCGGGCUACUAUCAGCAAUUCAUCACCGGAUACUCCAGGAUUGCUGCACCUAUGACGAGGUUACAGUCGCCAAAGGUGCCAUUCGUAUUCGAUGACGACGCACGCCGGUCAUUCCAAGCACUUAAGACGGCUAUGCUCAUGGCACCCAUCCUUAGCAUUUAUGACCCCACCCUGCCGACAUGAGUGACUACGGACGCUUCUGGCUAUGGCAUUGGGGCAGUCU